AUGCACUCCAAAUCGCGCCAGAUUCUGCUCAGAACCCCAAAUUCCCGCCGCCUCCAAACCCUAACCUUCGAUCCAUCUCAACCCCUAUCCCUCCGCGACCUGAAGCUUUCCCUGAUCCCCGAUCAUGGAAAUCCAGACACUUUCUACUUCACCGCCAACGGGAAGCUCCUCGUCGACGAUUCCAUCCCUGUCGGCAGCCCCCAGGUCCCAGCUUUAUCCACCCUCACCCUGCGCCACCGCCUCCGCGGCGGAGGCGGCGAUGGAGGCGCGACGGGAGCCGAGUCCCGCGACUGCUACUUAAAAAUGUACGCGGAGAAGAAGCCGGACAAAAUCGACCCCAACGAGCAGCGGCUUUCCAAGUGGGUGAACUGUGCUCUCUCCUACGAGACUCUGCGGCAGCCUUGCGUGAUGGAUAGACUGGGAAAUGUGUUCAACAAGGAAGCUUUGGUCGAGGCUCUGAUAGGUAAGAAGCUCCCAAAGGCUUUUAAUCACAUCAGAGGUUUGAAAGAUAUGAUAGAUGUUAAGCUAGAGCCGAUCCCCGGUGGGGAAUCGAACAAUGCGUGGUUUCAGUGCCCGAUCACGGGGCUGGAGUUCAACGGGACGUACAAGUUCUUCGCUUUGAGGAAAUGUGGGCAUGUGCUGAGUGCCAAGGCUUUGAAGGAGGUGAAGUCGAAAGCUUGUCUGGUGUGUUACAGGGAGUUUGAGGAGCGCGAUAAGGUUGUGAUCAAUGGGAGCGAGGAGGAAGUGGAUGCUUUGAGGGAGAGGAUGGAGGAAGAGAGGGCUAGAGUUGUGAAGGAUAAGAAGCAGAGGAAGGAGAGGAGUGGAGAUGUUGUUGCGGCUAAAGGCGUCGCUGAUGGUGGUGAAGUGGAGGAGUCUGGGAAGAGGUUGAGUGGGAAGAAGCAUGGGAUUGUUGAUGGUAAGGAUGUGGAGAAGGUUGCUGCGAAAACGGAGAAGUUGAAUGGGAAGAUUGAGAGUGUUGGCAGCACUAACAACAAGAGGUUCAAGGCUGCUGCUGUUGCACCAGCUAACGCGACCAAGGAGGUUUAUGCAUCAAUCUUUACAUCGUCGAAGAAGAAGUCCGAUUUCAGGGAGACGUACUCUUGUCGAUCUCUACCUCUCGGUAGGAACUGA